AUGACGACGACAGAUCAACGGAAGCUCCAAAAGCCGGGAAUCGACAUCGACAUCGACAGGCUCAGCUCCCUACCGGAAGAUGUCCUCGCCCACAUCCUCUCUUCCCUGCCGACCAAGUACGCCGUCGGCACCGCCGUCCUUAGCCGGCGGUGGAAGAAUCUCUGGACCAAGGUUUCCAAUCUCGAUCUCUACUAUAGCUUGCUCAACCAGCCUCCUGACUUCCACUAUAAAUUGCUAAAAAUCCACUAUUAUACCAAGGGAAAAGCACCCGCCAAUGCGUAUCAUGCUAAACAGACUAGAGAUUUGGCAUUCUCCCGCUUCAUGGACAGGAUUCUCAGCCAACUCCCAAAUCUCAAUUCCCUGAGACGUUUUCGUCUGCGCUUUUCAGUGGACUACUGCUAG